AUGUUUCCCUCUGUAUUUCUUUCUCUUUUUCCUCUUCUCUUGUUUUACUCUUUCUUCCACUCUCUAAUUGAUUGUUUCUUUCUUUUUUUCUAUCCUCACUUUUGUUUUUUGUCUUUUUCUUUUUUUCUUAUUCUUUGCUUGCCCUUCAUUCCACCCUCUCUCAUUGCUUGUUUGCAUUCUUUCCUCUGCCUUCUCUCUUAUUGUUUGCGUGCUCUCUUUCUUCUACCCUCUCUCUUUUAUUGUUUACUUACUCUCUUGUUUUGCCCUCUCUUUCUCUCUCUCUUAUUGUUUGCGUGCUCUCUUUCUUCUACCCUCUCUCUUUUAUUGUUUACUUACUCUCUUGUUUUGCCCUCUCUUUCUCUCUCUCUUAUUGUUUGCUUGUACUCUUUCUUCCACCCUCUCUCUUUUAUUGUUUACUUACUCUCUUGUUUUGCCCUCUCUUUCUCUCUCUCUUAUUGUUUGCUUGUACUCUUUCUUCCACCCUCUUUAUUUAUUGUUUACUUCUCUUGUUUUGCCCUCUCUUUCUCUCUCUCUUAUUGUUUGCUUGUACUCUUUCUUCUACCCUCUCUCUUUUAUUGUUUACUUCUCUUGUUUUGCCCUCUCUUUUCUCUCUCUCUUGUGUUUGCUUGUACUCUUUUCUUCCACCCUCUCUCUUUUAUUGUUUACUUACUCUCUUGUUUUGCCCUCUCUUUCUCUCUCUCUUAUUGUUUGCUUGCACUCUUUCUUCCACCCUCUCUUUUUUAUUGUUUACUUACUCUCUUGUUUUGCCCUCUUUCUCUCUCUCUUAUUGUUUGCUUGUACUCUUUUCUUACCCUCUCUCUUUUAUUGUUUACUUACUCUCUUGUUUUUCUCUCUCUCUCUUAUUGUUUGCUUGUACUCUUUCUUCCACCCUCUCUCUUUUAUUGUUUACUUACUCUCUUGUUUUGCUCUCUCUUUCUCUCUCUCUUAUUGUUUGCUUGUACUCUUUCUUCUACCCUCUCUCUUUUAUUGUUUACUUACUCUCUUGUUUUGCCCUCUCUUUCUCUCUCUCUUAUUGUUUGCUUGUACUCUUUCUUCCACCCUCUCUCUUUUAUUGUUUACUUACUCUCUUGUUUUUGCUCUUUCUCUUUCUCUUAUUGUUUGCUUGUACUUUUUUUCUUCUACCCUCUCUCUUUUAUUGUUUACUUACUCUCUUGUUUUGCCCUCUCUUUCUCUCUCUCUUAUUGUUUGCUUGUACUCUUUCUUCUACCCACUUUCUUGUUUGCUCUCUUUCUUCUGCCCUUGCUCUUAUUCUGUGCUUGCUCUUUCUUUACCUCUCCCCCUUUUUACAUACCCUUCUCUUCUUUUCUUGGGUGUUCUCUCUCAACUCCUACUUUUUUAAAAAUUAUUUUCCUUCUUUUCUGUCUCUCUCUCUCCUUUUUUAUUCUUCUUUCAAUUUCCUUCUCUUCUGACCAAUUAGUUAUUUUCAUUUAUUUGUUGGGUCAGUUACAAUUUCCCCCUUUAAUUGUAAUUCAUGGCAGUGUCCCAUUUGGCAUCUGA